GAAACCGCCUCCACAACCCUAAUCCUACACACAAACCUCUUCUCACACAAAACCCUCGACCUCACCCUCCACCCCACCGAAACCAACAUGUCCUUCCUGGACCCGAUCAGCGGCUCCUGGGCCUCCAUCUCCGGCACGGCCACCAUCGUGGCGGACCCCGCCACCGUCGAGAAAUAUUACUCGCCGGCGUUGAGGGCCUGGUUGGGCGAUCUGGGCGAUGGCGUGCAUGAUGGCGGGCCGGGGGAUCCGCGCAUCGGGGUGAUUAAGUUGGAGGCGAAGACGGCGGUGUAUGCGGUUGCGAGGAAGGGGGUGUUGGGACGGGCGGUGGAGACGGUCAAGAGUGUCGCGAGUGGGAAUGUGCCGGCGGUGAAUGAGAUUAGGGAGUUGGGGAGGGGGGAGUUGGAUGAG